AUGAAAGAUACGCUAAUCAAUUUAGCAAUUAUCAUUUGUUGUCUUCAUGUAACAAUGAUAUUUGCUGAGUUUCAAGUUGAAUUACAUCCCGUUUACAGCGAAUCAAACCAACAUAUCGGAUAUACUGCAAACGUGAUGAUCGGUGAACCGAAAAAAGAAUUUUCUCUGCUUUUAGAUACUGUCACCAAUUUUCUUUGGGUUUUAUCUUCUACUUUUGUCUUAUCUUCUCCAAAUGGUACAUGGGAAUUUAUAAGGAAAAUGCAUGCUUACGCAUAUUACGAUUCCCUAACCGGCAAUGAAACUAAUCAAAUUUUCCUAGAUCAAACCUACGGUUCCAGAAAAGUUUCAAUGAUCCAAUUUACGGAGAAUAUUUCGUUUAAUUCAUUAAAUGGAACACGCGUAGAUUUCCCAAGUUCUCCAUUCUGUGUAUCAAAGGUUUUGCGAUGGCCCAAAUUUGAUUAUCAAAAAAUGGACGGUGUGCUCGGUUUAUCGACGUUACAUGUUUUUGGCUCUCCAUUUGGAGUUUCCAGCCAGUCUUUCUCCGGCCUAUCCAUUUUGGAUAAUCAGAUAAGGAGGGCUAUCCGCAACAAUCAACUUGAUCCAGUUAUUACCAUUGCGUUGCCACCACUGGAUUCUAAGAAGAAAGCGAUGUUAACGUUUGGUGGACGUAAUAACCAAUCAUGCGAUUUGAGUUAUGAAACCACUGAACCGCUUCGUUUGAAGUAUGAAGCCACUGAAUUGCUCCGUUUGAACUAUGAAUCCAAUAGACUGGUUCGUCUGUUCUUUGAAACCGCUGAACCGCUUCGUUUCUCUGAUUUCGUUCAUUCCUUCGCAAAGUCUAAUCAAUCCGUAAAUCAUUAUGAAUUCCAAUACAACUCCAUCAAAAUGGGCAACGCGACGUCUUCUAUUAAGUCAUUUGCUUAUCCGAAUACUAUUGAGCCAUAUAUCGGUGUUCCUGAUGAAUUUCUUCGUAAAAUCGUUGAGAAUCUCAAUGCAACAUUUGAUUCAUCAGAGAAUAAAUAUAAGGUACAGUGUGAAGGAUCCGUCGUUUAUAAUACAUACGAACCGUUCGAGCUAUUCACCGGUAGUAAUACUUACGUCGUUCCGCCACAACAUUUCAUAAUCAAACAUAAUGCGGACGAUACAUUAUGCGAACUUACGUUCAGAAAGAGUGAAAGAACUAUUUAUUCUUUAUAUGUGUCCGGAAUACCAGUCGAAUUAUACGAAGAUAAUGAUCCAAACACAGUUGUGCUUGGAAUACCAUUCUUCCACCAAUAUUGCGUUACGUUGAAACCACGUGAUUAUAAUAUUAAUUUUUCACCGAUAAUUUAA